AUGUCUGACGAAAAGAAAAUCGUUGAGCAACAAGAGAUCCACAAGAUCAGAAUUUCCUUAGUUUCUACUAAGGUUAAGCAGUUGGAAAAGGUGUGCCAAAACAUCAUUAACAACGCUGCUCAGGAGAAGUUGUACAAGAAGGGUCCUGUCAGAAUGCCAACCAGGGUGUUAUCUAUUACAACCAGAAAGACCCCUAACGGUGAAGGUUCCAAGACUUGGGAGCAUUACGAGAUGAGAAUCCACAAGAGAUACAUCGACUUGCAUGCACCAGCUUCUUUGGUUAAGAAGAUCACCCAGAUCACUAUUGAGCCUGGCGUUGAUGUUGAGGUUACCAUUGCUGCUUAA